GCCUUGCUGAAACCAUACGGUUUUUGGAAUAUGUCAGAAAAUGGCACGAUAUUCACGAUGUUUGUAACACAAAGCAGGCAUAUAUGUCAAGAAACACCGACAAACUAGUGUUCACAGAAUUUGACGAUGACAGACUGUCUUGGUUGCUAGAUACAUUCCUGCCUUACAUGGAAAAUAUCCAAAAGUCGAGCAGCAAACAAAAUAAACUAAGUGAAGAGACAUACGAAGCUCUAGUCGUGACAACUCAGGCAACUGUAAAAUGUAUACAACAUUUAAUAUCAGUUGGAUUUCAUUUCGUUUUAAGCAGGAACCUGAGCAGCGAUGACAUCGAACUUCUCUUCAGUCACUUGCGAAGAAAAGGUGGUUUCAACGAUAUGAUGGACGCAAGAGCAUGCAUGUAUGCAAUCGACACAACGCUAAAAACGGGUUUAAUAAAUCCUUCAGCUACAUCAAAUGUAGAAAGACAAACUUUCAAGACAUUGGAUGCAAUUGCACAUCACAAACGAAUAAGUGAGCUGAACACAGUAAUUUGUGAUGUUCCAGUUGAAGCAACAGGAAUUCUUGACGAAAAUCUUGAAGAAACUCCAGUAACGCUGCAAAUCGCGUCCUUAGCUAUGAUUGCUGGGUACUUGGUACGGGUUGCAGAAGAAAAUUUUAACUGUGCCUAUUGCCUAGAACAAAUAUCAACUCCCGAUUGUGACAGCCCGUUGCUCCGAUUGAUUAAAAUGCAAGAUCGCGGUGGUCUGCGGUACCCAUCUAGAAAAUUCGUUUUUUUCCUGAGCAAGAUACUAAAAUUUACUUGUGUCACUCUUAAACACUUAGGACGUAAACAGCUCAUCAAGAAGCUUAAAGUGUUUCUAGUGCCAAAGUUUCUUCAAUAUUUUAAGUGUUCACUGUGCAGUCAAGAAAAGCUUGCAAAUACCAUAAUAACCAAAUUUCUGAAGCCUAUUUUGGACAACGAAGCACGUUCGGUGACAGACAAAAUUGACAAACCAUCAAAAAUAUACAGAAAACCAUUGAGCCGCAAAAUUUUAAAACUGUAAGCGUAGUUCCAGGUGAGUAACAAUUAACACUUUAUUUGGUGUUACAACUGUUACAUUCAUUUUGUUUACGACUGCUUUAUCUUUUAGAAGUAUUUGAACAUAGGGCUUUAUUGUAUUUAUCAUAACAGUUAGUUCUAAACACCAAUUUCAUGAGUUAUAGGACCAACGGUAAUUUAAACAGAUGUUUCGCGCGGUUCCGUGUACUGCACAUGAGAGAGCUACCUAGCGGCGAUCUCUGGAACUGAAUCGUCUCGCGUUUUACAUCCUCUCCUUCCCGGCCUUGAAUAAUA